UGUUAGCCGAAUGACACCAAAGUAUCGCAGUUAAAGUUAUCAAAAUGGCUGCACCCAUAUCGCCACAUACACAGGUGUUUGCACCCCUAAAGAAUGACUUAAUAUUACGUGCUGCAAGAGGACAGAGGACAGAAAGAGUGCCUGUUUGGAUAAUGAGGCAAGCAGGUCGCUAUUUACCAGAGUAUAUGGAAGCCAAAGGUAAAACAAAGUUUUUUGCAACAUGCAAGAAUCCAGAGUUAGUUUGUGAACUUACCCUUCAGCCAAUACGUCGUUACAGUUUAGAUGCAGCUAUAAUAUUUUCUGAUAUUCUAGUCCUUCCAGUGGCUUUAGGCUUAACAGUUGCAAAUGAUCCAGGAGAGGGCCCGGUGUUUGCUGAUCCUAUCUCCAAGCCUGAAGAUGUUAAACGGUUAAAUCCAAACUUUGAUAUCGUUGCUGAGUUAGGAUAUGUGUAUGAAGCUAUAACAUUAACCAGAGUAAAGCUAGAGGGAAAAGUGCCUUUGUUUGGAUUCUCUGGAGCUCCUUGGACACUUAUGAAGUUUAUGAUUGAGAAUGUCAGUGCUGGUCCCAACCCCCACAAAGCCAGGAAGUUUCUCGUAGAACACCCAGACGCUGGCCAUGAGUUGCUGGGUAUUCUAAAAGAUGCUGUGGUGAAGCACCUAGUGCAGCAGAUCAAAGCAGGAGCACAGAUUGUGCAAGUCUUUGAUUCAUUUGCUGGAGAACUGGGUCCUGGAAUUUUUUCAAAGUUUGAGCUGCCUGUGUUAAGGAGUAUAGCUAGAGAAGUGAAAGAGCAAUUAAAGGAACUCAACCUUGAUCCUGUACCAAUGAUUGUAUUUGCCAAAGAUGCACACUUUGCUAUAGAAGAUCUCUCCCAGUCAGGGUACGAUGUGGUUGGUUUAGAUUGGUGUGUUCAGCCACUUCAUGCCAGGAAACUAGCUGGAAGUCAUGUGACAUUGCAGGGUAAUCUGGAUCCAGUCAUGAUGUUUGCAACUAAGGAUGAAAUCAAAAAGGCUGUGAAAGACAUGCUGACCAAGUUUGGAACACAACAUUACAUUGCAAAUCUUGGGCAUGGUGUACUAAAAGAGACAGAUCCAGACCACGUGGGAGUAUUUAUAGAUGCUGUACACUCUUAUUCAGAAGACAUGAAUGCAAUCUCUUAACUUUCAUGUUAUAGAUUUGUUUGUUUUUUGGUUUUCUGUUUUUAAGCAUGUCUUAGACUAGAUAUUCAGAAAUGUAUUUAGACUGCUCUUAUUCUACUUAGUCAAAAGCAUGUACACAUUUUCUCUUGUAGAUAAAAAGAAUUGAGCUAAGUAGACACUUUGAGGUGCUAAAACAUUUUUACAAUAAAAACAAUCCAUGC